GGAGGAAGAGUGGGGGAGUGGGAGGGAGAGAUGGAGAUCAAUUCCUGCAUCGGCUAUGCCGUAGCUUCCCUUCUGCUGUUGUUUCCGUGUCUCUGUGUCUUGAGAAUCUUCACAGGGAAAUCUCUAGGCAGCAAAGAGUACCCACCUGUGAAGGGAACUAUGUUCCAUUUGCUUAGUUGCUUGGAUAGGCUCUAUGAUUACCAAGCAGAAGUUGCUGCCCAUAACAAGACAGUCAGGUACCUCGCCUUCUCCCAGAGCGAAGUCUACACUACAGACCCGCAGAACAUCGAGUAUAUCCUGAAGACCAACUUCGCUAACUAUGACAAGGGAGCGCGUCAUCAGGAGAUAACGAAGGAUCUUCUUGGAGAUGGUAUUUUUGCGGUGGAUGGUCAGAGAUGGCGUCACCAGAGAAAAGUAGCAAGCUACGAGUUCUCCACCAAGGUGCUGAGAGAUUUCAGCAGCGUCGUUUUCCGGAGGAACGCAGCUGCUCUUGCACGGAAGAUUUCAGAGGACGCAGAGGCCAAUCUGUCCAUGGACAUACACGAACUAUUCACAAAAUAUUCCCUGGACUCUAUAUUCGAAGUUGGAUUUGGGCUGAAACUGAAUAUAUUGGACGGAUCUAAUGAGGAAGCGAUAAGAUUCGCCAAGGCUUACAAAACCAUGUUGACUCUUCACAUUGAUCAGGGCCUUCACGUUCGCGCAUCUCAUCGGCUUCUUUGAGGCUCAAUGGAAUGCAAGAGAACACUAGAGAUGAAAUAUGAAUGUAUGAUUGUAAUGAAACUUUGUUCUUUCCUUGUUUACAGCAAACUGCUUAUGACUAAGUACUUGAUUAAAUAAGAGGCCAUCAAAGCUGCUUCGGUAAGUGUUAUUAGGCCACCAAAGUCUUAGACAGCAUAAAAAUGAGCUUUGACUAUCCCUUUUUCUAUUUACAUGACUCAUU